UAUCAGCUACUGUUGGCUACUGCGAACACCAGCAAACUGUACCAUUAACGUUACGCCCAGGAUGAAUUUAUUGUAUACGCUGGUGUGCAUCUCUAUAUAAUGAUGCAGACAAAGGGAUGAGAACAUAGAACUUAAACCGUCUUUAUGGUUUUGUUUGGGGUUUUUUUUUUUUUUUGGUCCCCUCAUUCACUCGCAGUUUCAUCAGAGGACAUCAUUUCUGUCGGAUCAGAGCUAAAGUGGUCCAAACUUAUUGUACCGCCUCCGUUCAGACCAGAUCCCUGGGGUGUUCUGAAGCUCAGGAGGAAAUUUGAUGUGAUGAAUGGCGACACAUUUUAUGAGUUUAUCCUCCUGUCUGUGAGUGGACGUGAACUCAGCACGUACUUGAACUCCACUGCACGUUCAGCGUAGACAGUGAAGAGGCACAACCUCAGCCUGAGCUGUGAGCAGUGAGAGGAGAUAAGGAGCUGUCUGAGGGAGAACUGACAGAGCUGCCACCUCGCUGAAGAGCUGCAAGACAGAGCAGUGGCACCACAGGGGAGAGCAUCAUUUAUUUGGCUUCAGUGAACGUGCAAGGACUCAGAAGAGCAGCUCAUCUUAUAUUCAGGGGAUUGACAGACAAAGUGGACUGCAUAAGUACAGAUAUAAAUCUUUGGCAUUCCUCACAGGAAUAUUCAUCACAACCUGCUGAGAGAGCUUAUAGUUUUGGAGCAAAGAAGAAUACACAUAGGCUCGGCCCUCCUGUAAAUCCUGAACCACCUUGUCAGUAGCAUUAACAGCCCACCUGGUGUAGACCAGAGGACAGAACUUUAACCACUAACCAGGACUGGCCUUUUCUCAGAGGGUUUAAAGUCAUAUUUAUUUGGUGGAAUCCACAUCCCUCAUCCAGAAUGGGUAGAAGAAGCCUUUUGGGCUGCCUUCUCUUGACUCUUUUGCUCAGUUUAUCCGAUGGUGGGCUUGUGAAAAAAAUCCUAAGGCACCGGCGUCAGACUCUAGCGUCUUCUGGAGAACAUAACAUCACCCUCCCAAGCGCAGACCAUCCUGUGGUUUUUAAUCAUGUCUACAACAUCAAUGUUCCUGCUAGUUCUCUGUGCUCUGUGGACCUGGACGCCCCAGAGAGCACACAGCUCUACCCCAAAGAUGUAGCAGCCUCCUCAGGCCAUCACACCAGUGAGCACACUGUCAACGGGGAGAACCAGAUUGUCUUCACCCAUCGCAUUAACAUCCCUCGGAAGGCCUGUGAUUGUGCUGAUGACCUGCCCGGCCUGAAAGAUCUCAUGAACCGUCUGGAAAUGCUUGAGGGAGAAGUGUCAGCAUUGAAAGAACAAUGCACUGGUGAUGCUCCCUGCUGCAGUGCACAGGUAACAGGUGAGUUGGGAACUAAGCCGUACUGCAGUGGUCAUGGGAACUACAGUGCUGAAACUUGUGGCUGUGUGUGUGAACCCGGCUGGAAGGGACCGAACUGCACCCAGUCUGAGUGUCCCAGGAACUGCAAGGGCAGAGGCCGCUGCGUGGAUGGAAAGUGUGAAUGCUUCAAAGGCUUUUCUGGCGGGGAUUGCUCAUCCGAGGUCUGCUCUGUGGACUGCGGUGUACACGGCCAGUGUGUGGGCAGCCAGUGCGUCUGCUCUGAUGGCUUUUUCGGUGAGGACUGCUCUCAGUCCAAGUGCCUCAACAACUGCCUGGGCCGAGGCCGCUGUGAUGAUGGAGACUGUAUAUGUGAUGAACCCUGGACUGGAUUUGACUGCUCUGAACUCAUCUGUCCCAAAGACUGCUAUGACCGUGGACGCUGUGUGAAUGGUACCUGCUUCUGUGAUGAGGGAUACACCGGGGAGGACUGUGGAGACCGCACCUGUCUUAACAACUGCCAGGGCAAUGGUUUCUGUGUUAAUGGCCAGUGUGUCUGUGUAGCCGGCUACGGCGGAGAGGACUGUUCCCAGCUCACCUGCCUCAACGACUGCAACGGCAGAGGGACAUGCUUCAACGGGAUGUGCAUCUGUGACUCUGGCUACCAAGGUGAAGACUGCAGCCAGUUAGCAUGUCUGAACAACUGCAACAACAGAGGCCAGUGCAUAAACGGACAAUGUGCCUGCGAUGUUGGUUUCCAAGGGGAUGACUGCUCUGAGCUGUCCUGCCCAAGCAACUGCUUGCACAGGGGGCGCUGUGUAAACGGCCAGUGUGUGUGCGAGGAAGGCUUUGCUGGUGAGGACUGCAGCAUCAGGACCUGCCCCUCAAACUGCUAUGGCCGUGGGGACUGCAUUGACGGCCGCUGUACGUGUUAUGCUGGAUUCACUGGCAAGGACUGCAGUGAGCUGAGCUGUCCUAACAACUGCCAGAAUCAUGGUCGUUGCAUCGACGGCCAGUGCGUUUGUGAUGAAGGCUUCACUGGGGAAGACUGCAGUCAGAAAGCUUGUCCCAACGACUGCCUAGCAAGAGGCUACUGUGUCGACGGCAAGUGCGUCUGUCAAGAAGGAUUCUCAGGAGACGACUGCUCUGUGCUCGCCUGCCCAGAUAACUGCAACAACAGGGGGCGCUGCAUCAAUGGAAGAUGUACCUGUGACAGUGGAUAUGAGGGAGAAAGCUGUGCAGAGCUGAGCUGCCUCAACAACUGCCAUGACAAAGGCCGCUGUGUGAAUGGCCAGUGUGUCUGUGAUGAGGGGUACAUUGGAGAAGACUGCUCAGAAGUGUCUCCUCCAAAGGACCUCAACAUUGGUGAAGUCACCCCAGAGACAGUGGAUCUAUCUUGGACCAAUGAGAUGUUGGUGACGGAGUACCUCAUAACCUACGUACCAACCUUCCCUGGUGGUCUGCUCCAGGAGUUCACUGUUCCUGGGGACCAAGCUGCUGCCACUGUUAAAGAGUUGGAACCUGGCAUUGAAUAUCAGAUCAAUGUCUAUGCCGUUCUGAGCAACAAACGGAGUGUCCCUGUCACUGCCAGAGUGGCCACACUUCUCCCACAGCCAGAGGGUUUAAGGUUUAAAUCAGUGAGAGAAACCUCAGUAGAGGUGAUGUGGGACCAGCUGGACCUCUCCUUUGAUGGCUGGGAGAUCUAUUUCCGCAACACGAAAGAAGAAAAUGGAAAAAUUGCAACCACCCUCCCACCCUCUCAAAACCAGUUCGUCCAGUCGGGACUUGGGCCGGGGCAGGAGUAUGAAGUCUCUGUCAACAUUAUUAAGAACAACACCAGAGGCCCUCAGACAUCCAAAAAAGUCACUACCAAGGUUGACGGCCCCCAGCAGGUGGAAGUGAAGGAUGUGACGGACUCUUCUGCUCUAGUCAGCUGGUCUCAGCCAGUGGUUCCUGUUGACAAAGUCAUUAUGUUUUAUGGGCAAAGCUCUGACCCCUCAGAUGAAACCAGUGUGGAGAUUUUCUCCCCAGACAAACAGUACAGUAUUGACGGACUGAGGCCGGACACUGAGUACAAAGUGUCCCUUGUCUCCAGGAUGGGAGACAUCAGCAGUGACCCUGUCACCACAACAUUCACUACAGCCCUGGAUGCCCCUAAGGACCUGCAGGCUGUCUUCCAGACUGAUAACAGCAUUUCUCUGGAGUGGAGCAACAGUGCAGCUGAUGUUGGCAGUUAUCGGGUGAAAUACAGUCCCAUCUCUGGAGCUGCACAUGGCGAGGAGCUCUUCCCGCGGGGGCCUGGACACACUACAAAAGCUACUAUUACUGGGUUAAAGCCAGGGACAGAGUAUGGGAUUGGAGUGACUGCUGUGAAGAAUGAGAGAGAGAGCCUUCCUGCUACUACAAAUGCAGCCACUGACCUCGAUCCUCCCAGAGACUUUGAAAAUGUGGAGUCCACAGAGACCUCAAUCACGCUGAGGUGGCAGAAGCCUCAGGCCAAGGUCUCAGGCUACAAACUGGUGUAUGUCUCCAGAGAUGGUCAGUUUGAGGAGGUGGACAUUCCCGCCAUGGCCACGAGUCAUGUCCUGCCCAACCUGGCCCCUGGAAUGACCUACACCUUCACCUUGACUGCAGAGAGAGGCCACAAGAGGAGCGACCCUGUCACUGUGUCUGCAUCUACAGCUACUUAUACAUUUUAUUUAGCUGACUCAGAUGACCGUGAGCUAACGACUCCCCCAGGCUCGGAGGACAAUGUCAUUAGCUUUUCGCAUUUAGACCCAUCUGAGUCUCAGUUCUCUGGGACAGAGCCUGAGGAUGAGCGUGGAACACUGACGGUCUCAGGCAUCGCGUCUGACAGAUUUGACCUCUCGUGGAAACUAAAGCCUCCAGGAGUCUAUGAUAGUUUGGCCGUAGAAUAUAAAGACACACAGCGAUUGUUGGAGGUGAGAGAGGUCUACCUCCCAGGAGAUGCCGCUGGGUCUAGAAUCCAAGGCCUGAAGGCAUCAACAGAAUAUCAAAUAAAGCUUUAUGGGAUAACGAGUAGCCAGAGAUCUGCGCUACUUGAGGCGGUUGCAGUCACAGCUCCCAAGCCCUCCUCUCCAGGUGUAUUCAGUUUGAUUACCAAAGGUGCCCCACCAACCCCACAGUCUGCUUUGGAUACUGGAGAGGUUCACAGCCCAGAUCACCAUCCUCUAAAUACUCAGGCCCCUUCCACUUCUGAUACCGAUCUGAUGAGGUCUGGGGCUGAGCCCAGAAACUCAAACCUGGAAACACUGGGGGAGCUAACUGUCGCUAAUGUUUCCUCCACUAGUGUCAGCCUGGCUUGGCAGACACCCGAUGAAGCGUUUGAGAGCUUCGUAGUGGAGCUCAGCGCUUCAUCAGGGCCUACGCAGGUCCAUGUGACCACACUACCAGGAAAUGUGAGGAAGGCUGAAAUAGAUGGUUUGUCCCCCUCGGUACAAUAUAAUAUUACAUUACAAGGGCUGCUGGAAGGGAAAAGGUCUUUACCUCUCAAAGUUGUUGCUACUACAGAGGAGCUGAAGCCCAUGGUGGUGAACCUCACCAUCUCUGAGAUUACAUGGGACAGCUUCACUGCGUCCUGGACCCACAUGGGUGGGGAAUUUGACAGCUUUGUCAUAGAGGUAACAAACUUGGAGAAUACCGCAGAGAGCCAGAACCUCACUCUGUCCGGAGAUGCUUUCAGCCUGGUUAUAUCUGGGCUGAAUCCCAACACCAGCUACAUGGUUGGCCUGUAUGGGAUGUAUCAAGGCUCCUUCCUUGAACCCGUGUACACUGACGCCACCACAGUGAAUCAGCCAGUGGUUGGCAAACUAUAUGUAUCUAACUUAACGUCAGAGAGCUUUACAAUCCACUGGAAUGGCACUGAAGGACUAUUUGAUGGUUUUACCUUGGAGAUAAUUGAUUCUGAUUGGCUGAUGGAACCAGUGGAAUAUAACAUGUCCCACAAUGUACAGUCCCAUGAAAUCACAGGGCUCCGGCCCAGCACUGACUAUAUAGCCUACCUCUAUGGGACGUACAAGGGAUCCAGAACAAAUGCCAUCAGCACUGUUGCAUCAACAGCUGAAGAGCCUGAUUUGUCCAGGCUAGUUGUUUCUAACAUUACCUCAGACAGAUUCUCUCUGUCAUGGCGGACAGGAGAGAAGGCUUUUGAUAACUUUAUAGUAGAAGUCAGAGAGUCUGCUUUGCCCUCGCAGGCAAUGGGGCGCGUUCUGCCAGGAGACGUGCGCUCCACAGUCAUGGCCGGGCUCAAAUCGAGCACAAGCUACAACAUUAAGCUGUACGUCAGCAGCGAAGGCCAGAAUAUACUACCCCUAUUUGCUGUAGCUACAACAGAGGAUGUCCCACAGUUGGGGCUCGUAACUGCUUCAUCAGUGAGUCCACAUAACCUCAGCUUGUCCUGGAACACUGUGUCAGGCCACUUUGAUGGCUUUGUAAUCCGGGUCAGUGACUCUGAGCAGCAGUCUGAUCCGCUGGAGUUCACACUGCCUGGUGAAGCCCGUUACUUUACUGUGUCUAACCUGAUGGAUGCCACAGGCUAUGACAUUGAACUGUACGGUAUCUCUCACGGCCGCCACACUAACUCUGUGUUAGCACAUGCCAAAACAGCUCCUUUACCUAAAGUGGAAAACUUGACCAUUUCCAACAUUACCCCCUAUGGUUUCCGUGUGUCCUGGGAGGUCAAGCAGCAGCUGCAGCAGGAAGAAUUGUUGCCCUCUAGUGGUGGUUUCAGCCAUUUUAACAUAGUAGUGACAGACUCUGGCUGGCUGCUGGAGCCUCAGGAGUUCACGGUCCCAGGCAACCAAAGCCACCUGGACAUCUGGGGCCUCAUCACCGGCAUAGGCUAUGAGGUCAGGCUGACCGGGGUGUCAGGGUCAGGGCUCCUCUCUCGGCCCCUGACUACAGUGGCUGUGACAGAGGCUGAGCCAGAGGUGGAGCAUCUCUUUGUCUCAGAUGUCACAGCUGACGGUUUCCGUCUGUCAUGGACGGCUGAUGAAGACUUGUUUGACAGAUUUGUGAUCAAAAUAAGAGACGCCAAAAGAUUAGCACAUCCACAGGAGUUCAGUGUCAGUGGUGAUACUCGAACCCAGGUUUUAACUGGACUCAUGGGUGGCACUGAGUAUGAAAUCGAGCUUUAUGGCAUCACGUUGGAGCGGCGCUCCCAGCCUAUUACUGGGGUUGCUCAGACAGGCCUGAGCACUCCAAGGGGACUUCACUUCUCUGAAGUGACUGACUCCUCGGCCAUAGUUCACUGGUCCAUGCCUCACUCUCCAGUGGAUAAUUAUCGCAUCACUUAUGUGCCAUUUGAAGGAGGAAGUCCACUGAUGGUGACUGUGGAUGGCAGUGUGUUUGAGGCUUUGCUGCCCAAUAUGAUUCCAGGCAAAACCUACCAAGUGACAGUCAGUGCCGUGAAGGGUCUGGAGGAAAGUGACCCCAGCACAGACUCUGUGACCACAGGUUUGGACAGACCUCAGGGUCUGACUGCAGUGAAUGUCACCGACAGCUCAGCCCUGUUGCUGUGGCAACCAUCCGUGGCCACUGUUGAUGGCUAUGUUAUUACCUAUAGCGCUGAUACAGUGUCCCCGGUGGUGGAGCAUGUUUCCGGGAACACAGUGGAGUUUGAGAUGGGUUCUCUGGUUCCAGCUACACACUACACAGUUGGAGUGCAUGCGGUGAAAGAAGCUCAGAAGAGUGCCUCUGCUGUUACUGAAUUCACCACUGAUGUGGAUCCUCCUCGUGAUCUGACCGCUGUAAACAUUCAGACUGACAGCGCAACUCUGACAUGGAAACCUCCUCAGGCCGCUGUGACUGGAUACACUCUAACCUUCACAUCCUCUGAUGGAGUAAUCAGGGAAGUGGUGCUGAGCCCAACAGCCACGUCUUACAACAUGGCUCAGCUGACAGGCUCUACAGAGUACAGUGUCAAACUGCAGGCCAUCGCCGGAGCCCAGAGGAGUCGACAUAUCGCCACCAUUUUCACUACCAUUGGACAGCUUUACAGAUUCCCCAAGGACUGCGCUCAGAUUUUACUGAACGGAGAGACGACCUCUGGCCUCUACACCAUCUACGUGGGAGGAGAGGAGAGCCAGCCGCUCCAGGUUUACUGUGACAUGACCACAGAUGGCGGAGGAUGGAUGGUUGCCUUGAGACGCCAGAAUGGAAAGCUGGAAUUCUACAGGAACUGGAAGAACUACACUGCUGGCUUCGGUAACAUGAAAAAUGAGUUCUGGCUGGGUCUCGCCAACCUCCAUAAAAUCACAUCGUCUGGCCAUUAUGAGCUCCGAGUGGACUUGAGGGACAACGGGGAAUCAGCCUACGCUCAGUAUGACAAGAUCACCAUUGCAGAGCCGCGAACAAGAUAUAAACUCUAUGUAGGAGCAUAUAGCGGAACAGCAGGUGACUCCAUGACUUACCACCAGGGUCGGCCCUUCUCCACCUAUGACAACGAUAAUGAUAUCGCUGUGACCAACUGCGCCUUGUCUUACAAAGGCGCCUUUUGGUAUAAAAAUUGUCAUCGUGUUAAUCUAAUGGGAAAAUAUGGUGACAACAGCCACAGUAAGGGGAUCAACUGGUUCCACUGGAAAGGCCAUGAGCAUUCAAUUGAAUUUGCAGAGAUGAAACUCAGACCAGCCAACUUCAGAAACUUUGAAAACAGAAAAAAACGCUCAUAGACUCCUGAUCCCCUUGCACUUUCCUCAUGUCUCACCCGAGUCUCACCCCCCCUCCUCAAAUCAUUCUGUAAAGUACAUACAAAGCAAAGCAAUCUCAUUGAAUGUAAUAAUUCAGCUGGCUGUGAGAAAUGAACCAGAUGUCAUUUCACCAAAGAGUCAAACAUUUAGUCGUUUUAGUGUAGCAGUCCCAGUUUGACACUGUUGUGAGUGAGUUUACAAGAGAAGUCGCAGUUCGGUUUGUGGAUAGACAUACAUGUGUUGUUACUGGGACCAAACAGCUGUAUUCAUAUGAGAAAUACUAGUAAAAUAAUGUAAAAAAGGUCCACUGAAUCAGUAACAUGUCACAGGCACAUAGUCACAAGGCUCACACUCCCUGAAGUCACGUCGUUCAUUAAAUAAGUUAAUCUCGAACAGUCAUGGAUAAGAAUAGAUCCAUCAAGUGAUACAUUGUUAUGAAUUACUGUUAAAUAUUUACUGUACAAUCGAGUGAAUCAUUUGGAGGUCAUUAAUACCACUUUAAUUCAUAUUUAAAUUUGAUUUUCUUAUUUUGAUAGAACAAACUCUAAUGCUCUGUAACCUUCAAUACAAAUAAAAAUUUUACUUUGGUAAAUAACGUGAGCUACUCUUUUGUUUCAGUGUACUUAAACC